AUGGAUUAUCAGCCAACUUGGAGCGGCUGUGCGCUGGACAAGGUGUGCUCGCCUAUACACCCACUGAAUAAAUCGCUUCCAGAUAAAUUCAGACCCGAUAGCCCAACCCAGUCUUGGAGUCAAGACUAUCAAGAACCCAAGACUGGAUAUGUAUCCCCUUCCUUCUCCAACAACUACAAAGAGGCACGACGGUUGGCAGGUGACGGUAGCCUGAAGACUUUGAUUCAGUUAAGAGAUGUCUCCUCAACAUAUAUCAAGUCACUAUCCACCUCCAUGGGGGCUUCAGAACUAUCAUCAAACAAGAGCCUAGUCAAGCUCCGCUUAUCAGAUGACCUUAAACGCUGGAAGGGCGAGCAGCAUCAAUUGGGUAGGAUCCUGCCUGCCAAGGGAACAGGUCUCAAGCGGGCUUCUGAUGAGGUCCUUGAGAUCCUCGGGGCUUCCAAGUGGCCUGAACCACUCAUCACGAGGUGUGCUCUGUGGGGUAGCGUCUUCUUCAACAUGUGCAUUGGCGCGUAUGACGCCCCGUCCAUGUUCUCAAACGCUGUUACCGACAUGGCAUUCUUUCGUGAGCAUGGCUACCACCACGUCUUCCCUGAGUUUGACAGCCUAUUCAACAGCGCCAUGUAUGAUCAGCAUGCUCUCCAAACACCUGGAGGUACAGAACGCCGGGCAGCAGUCGCCAUCGGCGUCCAGUACAUCAACGACAAGAUCGUUUUUGAGGAAGAAAAUCAAGCCAAUCUGGAGGGGCUCUCGGCGAAGAUGAACCGGCAAACAAUGCAGACCGUUUCACUAUUCGAGAGUAGCCUCCUUGGCUUGGUUAGCGAGGCGAUCUUUCGUGGCUCCGACCCUGCAGCAGUCAUGAAUGACAUGGUCCUGUCCUGCCCAGCCACCGACGUUGUCGACGUGGGCUCUGAUCUGGUCAACUCCGAGGUCAUGAACUCUUUCCUGAAUACCGCCGACAUUUACGAGGCCGGCAUCGUGACUGAAGAAGCGCUAAGGCGAGUGUACAAUGCAUACGCACACGCUGGCGCCCGGACCUUGGCUGAGAGAUGGUGGGAGCCCACUGCCCAGAUGUUAGCGCUUUUGUAUCAGUGGCAUAUCGUAAACCACAGGCACAACUUCUUACGGCGCGCUGUAUUAGGGUACUGCAAAGUACAGCCCGAGCUAUCUAACCAACGCGAAGCAGACAUGGACGAAGCGUUUAACGAGAACCUUCACACAACUGGCUUCAGCCGUCCCUUGAAGGACGCCUGCAACGGGGCAGACACGUGCGACACAGUCUCGCAUUUCCUUGAACACAGCAAGAACCCAUCUUUGAUUCGCCACCUGUGGCAGUGCUUGGUGACUGAUCCCCUGGAGUACGUGAGGAAGGGGGAGGUUGACGGGUCCCGUGAAGCCGAGCUAGAAGAGGCCCUGCAGCUUGCCCUGGCCAGGACCUACACAGAAGGCUUCACUCUGGAGCUCUGCUGGAUCAUGGCACAUGCCGGACACCAUGCUUGGCAGAUUAACCGGAUGUACGAGGCAGCCAUGUUUGGCAGUCUCCUUGACAGCGAGGCCCUGGCGGGCAAAUUAGAUAGAGCCGAGGCCUAG